AUGAAAUUAAUUAUUCUUGUUCUCCUUGUGUCAACAUAAGUCUUAUGUCUUACAACUUCUUGCACCAAGCUUGAUCCUAAAUAAAUAAGCGAUUUACAUGAUGCUGAUGAUUUAGUUUACUCUGGAUAUCUAAACACUUUUGAGGGAUCUGCAAGUGCAUUAGCAUUUUUAUUUUAUGGACAUUAAAAAGCCAAAACUGUUGAUCAAUUAAAGGAUUACCCAACUUUAAUUUAUUUGAAUGGAUUACUAGGAGAAACCUCUUAAAUAGGAAAUUUCAUAGAAGUUGGACCAAUCAGAAUUAAUUCAUAAGGAAAACUUGAGAAAAACAUUAAUACUUGGAAUUCUCAGUUCAAUUUAUUAUUUAUAGAUCUAGUUGUAGGAACAGGAUAUUCUUAUUAUGAUAUAUAUUAAGACAUUCCUACAAAUGCAGAUUAAAUAUCAUCACAUUUUUUAUAUGCUUUAUAAUAAUUUCUAGCAAACGAUGAAGGAUGUGUAAAAAAGCGAAAUUUUACAGGGUUAGAAAAAUCUAACUGGUAUAUAUUUGGAGAAGGUUAUGCAGGAAAGUAUUAAAUAUUGAUUUUUUUAGAUAAGUAGUUCAUUUAGCACAUAAAAUUUUAGAUUCAUCUGCUUAACUUUUAUAAAAUAACUUAAAAGGUAUAGGUCUUGGAAAUGCUCAUAUUGAUGCUAGUAGUUUACUUAGAGAAAUCCCAUCUUAUGUAUUUAAUUUUGGAUUAGUUGAGCCUAGAGAGAGAUAAUAACUUGAAAGAGUUGCUUUAAGAGGACUUUAAUAACUUAAUCAAAAAGAUUAUUUAGGCACUUAUGAAACAAUUUAAGCAGCUGUUUAGAAGAUUCACUAAUUUAGUGGAGGGAUUAAUAUAUAGAAUUUAGAUUAAUUGACAGAUAUAGAAAAUUACAUUUCAACAUUCGAAGCAUAUUUCAAUUUAAAUACAACAAAAGCUAGUUUAAAUUUUGAAACUGGAAUAAAAUUUAGAUAAUCUUCUGCUGAUAUAAUUCAUGCAUUAAGUUAGGAUUUUGCAAAACCAGAUGCACUUUAAAAAUUAAAAGAACUUUAAACAAAACUUAAAAUAUUAAUAUAUAAUGGUUAAAAUGAUAUUUUAUGUCCAGUAUCAAGUACUUUAAGAUGUUUAAGUUAAAUUAAUGAUGAUUUUAAGACUGAAAAAUUAGAAUCUUUGAAAUAAAAUGGAAAAACUGUUGGUUAUACUUUAAAUUCAGGUUAAUUAAAGUUUGUAUCUAUUAAUAAUGCAGGUUUUCAUAUUCCUUUAGAAAAAGGAGAAAUUAUUUUACCAAUAGUAACCGAUUGGAAAUGAUAUUAUUG